CAGUGAUCGUGAGUACGAGUGCAAGUGCGCGUGCAGCUAGCAUGCAGUGCAGUCGUCGAUGUGACUCCGAUGAGAUUCCGAUUCUUGAGCGAUUCUCACUCACAUAAUGAGAGGCAAAAGGGGUAUUAUUAGUGAUUGGAGCAUCUGGUGAAAAUAUAACUUGGACGCUAAUCUUGAAUUUAUUGCUGGAAAGAUUCCAUACUUAAUCUCCUGGUGCUGAACACCCUCAAUUUAGCACCAUGUUGGGAGGGAUCCCCCAGGUGGCUCAGCUCUACAGCCAGUCUCCGGAGAUGAACUACUUUGACGCUUCAAAGGACGAGGCUGCAUUUGUCCGGUCCAGGCCACCCUUACCCAGUGACCUGGCCCAGAGCUACAGGCCUCCUAACCCUUGGCCUGUCAGUCCUACCUGCAACAAGGAUUUCAUUCUAGUCUGUGAGUUUUCGGAGCUUGAAGGACCAAAGCCACUGAUAACAAUACCAAAAGAUGGGGGCAGCAGCUUCGACAAGAACAUGUACGCUGUCAAGAUCAUGGCCGUGGAUUAUAACGCAACCAACUAUGCUAGAACAACGAACACCUUCAAGCUUUCAGAAGACACCUCAGUGAUGCUAGAGGAUAAGAAAGAUAACACUUAUUCCUAUAUCCACCAUUUCACCUUAUAUGACAUCCACGCCAGAGGUUUUGUCAGACCGUUCUGCAUGGCUUAUAUCAGUGCUGAUAAAAACAAACUCCGCUCCAAUCUCCAGCACAUCAUAGCCUCCUUCCACCAAGUCAGUCAGUACUAUCGCUAUGGAAACUAUGUCAUCUUUAGGGAAGAGAUGAUCAGACGAUUGGCGGAUCUUAUCUUCACCAAAGAGAGCAUUAAGACACAGCUCGAGGAGAUGGAAGUUAAGCAGGAGUCUAGGGUGCAAUGUGCCAGGUUACACAUCCAUAAAAACAACCACAUCUCACGUUCCAACUCCACCGCCUCCACCACCACCACGACUACCACCACCACCACCACUAAUGGUAGGAGUGGCAGUGAAGGGGAGGAUGAAGACGAUGAAGAGAAGAACGGAGGGGAGAAGGAGAAGGAGGAGGUAGAAGAGUCGGGCCCCAAGGAGGAGUUGGUGGGGGAUGCGGAAGAGCAAGAGCAGGAGAUUGUGGCAGAGCUGAAGGAGUAUGCCAGGAAGCGGGAGGAGCUGGAGGCUGUGGAGAAGGCAAUCAGGGAGAUUGAGGUCAUCCUGGAGGCCGUUACCCCAGCUCUGAAAAAGAACAAGAAGAUGGAGAUGAGGUAUCGCCGUCUAAAGGAGAGAUACUCAGAUCCCCAGAGCAGCAAGUCCAAACCAGUCUCUGCACAGAACAUUCAUCACGAGGGUUACUGCAGUGAUGAAGACACAGUAAGGCAACCAUCCAAAUCAAGACUCAGAAAAAGAAGUUCCAGUCACUCCGAGAUGACAGAAGAUACCGAUUCCAACAACGACCCCAAUGCCCCUUACCAACCCCAGAUAGUCCGAGCCAUCAACCCUCGUAGGUUCGAUCGCAGUCUUCGAACCCUACACGAACUAUGUAGCUAUGGGGCUAAGGAGGGGCUCAACAGGUUAAGAAAACUACUAAAGUUCUACUGCCGAGAUGGUAAUAUACUCCACCUGGAGAAGCAGGAGUCACCUCUUGUGGAGCCAUCAGUCUCCCUCCUCACGAUAGGGAGAACUGUCACUCUUAACUUCCUCAAUGCCAUUAACUUGCAAUGUAUAGCAAACUGUCAAUGGGAACUCCAUGGUCUAGGCAAGAGAUCCCAGGGCAUGUCUGCAUCCGUUUCCAUGGAGAGUUUCUCAUCCUGCCAGGAAGAUCUGUCCGUCUUUGACUCGCUGCCGCCCAGCUAUGAAGCUCGCUUUGUCAUGGGGUCAACCUAUGCAUCUUUAGAAUCUCUGUACUAUGAGGUAGAUGAGAGCAUGGAGGAACUAUUCUUAUGUCCAGACCCUAUUACCCCAUUACUAGACAAGGAUGGCCUUUUCACAGAAGAGAAUUUUGGUAGCUGGGUUGAUAUCUCCCGUUCCUCGCUGACUGAUCCGCAAAGAUCGUCAUCAGCCUCCUCCGAUCCCAGGACACACCCCUUCCCCGCCCACAACAACCACUGCCAGCCACACCCACCAGGGGAAGAGGAGGAGGACGGGGGCGGGCUGGAGAAUGGCGAUGUUUUCUCAUCGAAGGUUUUAUGUGACGUGCAUCCCCAUCCUCCAUCAUCACCAUCAUCCAUCGAUACCUCCAAUGCUUUACCACCGGAAGAGGAGAGGGAUGCGGUUGCCUUGGAGAUGCCAUCUGAUGGUGAGCCACACCCCUCCCAUCGACCACACCCACUCAAGCUGUCAUCGGGGGAGGAGGAUGGUGUGUCCAUGGAAACUACAUCAAGCAAAGAAGAGGGGAAGCUGAGACAUAAAGCGAACAGUGUGGAGAGUCUAGACAAGUAUCACCUAGUGCCUUCAGGGCAGGAACCAGUACUACGUAGGAAUACUAAAGUACCAGUAGGAUGCUAUGCAUCUAGACUAGCUAGCACUAACUCGGAUCUACCAGGCUCAGGAAUCAAGGAAUUCAUCAGUCGUUAUGUCUUUGCCAUUCAUCUCAUCUAUGCACUUCUAUCAGGGAGGACUGUCGUCAUUGCUGCCUCACCUACCAAAGAAAGAGAGGUCAAUUCACUGGUCAGGACUCUUUGGCUGUUCAUCCCCGGGCACUCAAGUCGCUACCACCUUGUUGUGCCAUGGCAUACGAAGCCGCUAUGCAUGACAGACCUCGCCAGGAUGAAACUUGUGGGCCUCUCAAAACCAAAGUCUUUAGCAAGAGUCUUGCCAUCGUCAGUACGCAGAUAUGUCACCUUGUUCGAUUAUGACCAACAAACUCUUUGGACGCCAGCGUACAAGGGCAAUGUUCUUGAUUCCAUUGUAAGUCGGAACAAGCACUUCCAGACGGACCAAUGUUACCUUGCACAUAUACAGAGCACUCUACUACAGUUAGCUUCAAAAGCAUUCCUAUACUACCAUUCCUACUGCCUGAACUCACCAAACUCACAUCUAAUUAACAGUACUUCAAGUGCAGACAGCACUAUACGCCAGAACAGCUCACCUGCGAGGGUUAAUUCUGCAUCAUUUCUUUCGAAGCUUGGUCUUGUGGAUGGGGAUUGCAAAAUUGUAGAGUACUGGGUGGAACUAAUAAAACGACAGCAGUUAGAUGAGAUCAUGCAUCAACAGGGCUAUACAGAAAUACCCUCGCCUAGUAUACGACUGGAUCAUCGGGUCUGUAGCCGGUACCAGAUGUAGUUCAAACGGUACCGCUCUUUGAUGGUAUGUAAUGUGCUAUACCCUCACCUCGUAUAUGACAAGAUCACCAAGUCUAUAGAAGGUACCAUUUGUAUUUCAAAGGUUAUCACUAAUGGCUUGUACCAUUAUAUAUCCUCUACUAGUGUAUGACUGGAUCAUCAGAUGUGUAGGAGGUACCCAAUAUAUAUAGUUCGAAGGGUACCAGUGUCUAAUGAUAUGUACCACAAUAUACCUUCAUCUACUAUACAAAUUCAUCAUUACAUUAUUAUGAGAUAAACAUUUAAGGCUGGGUCGUCACGAGUUCAGGGUCCCGUCUUACAAACAGUUAUGAUUGAUCCAACCACAACAACUAUGGAAAGCCAGCAAUGUCAUCAUCUAAAAGCAUGUUAGUUCCACUUGCAGUGCUUCCACUCUUUUUGAAAUCCAGGAAGUUCUGGGAAGUUUUGCAAUUUUCCAAGAUCAUUUCGGGAAGUGAGAAAUUCCGGGAAGUUAUCAUUUCCAAGAAUAAUAUUGAUUUUCUGAAUAUUAUGUCAAAUGUCAAAAUUUUUGCUUGCUCGCAAUUCUUUUGCCGAUAUACGUCUUUGGUCAUAUUUCGUCCCUCAAAAUGUUUGGCUCAUUAUGGCACUGGGCCCUAUAUUUCAUCUUUUUCAUGUAUAGAAGAUGAGUAUAACAUCUUGUGAAAGACUUGAGAA